GUGAAGGAGCUGGGAAUCGCUCUCUACAAUUGUAGCUGCCUGGCUCAGGAUCUCCACCGGAUCUUUGCCAUGUACCGGAUCUUGGGCAAAGAGGGAGCCUCCUUGCCCACCACCUGGCCCAGGGAUCUGGCGGCUAAAUCCAGCCUGGAGGAACCUCGGAAGAUUCAACUAAACGGGGUAGAAGCCCAGGUCUACAUUUCUAGCUCCCCGCCGGCUCUCUGCUCCACCGGCCGGACGUCGGACCUCAGCGCCAUUCUGAGCACGAUUGGAGACGCUCAAGAAUUCAUCUAUAUUUCUGUGAUGGAUUACGAGCCGCAGUGCAUCUACUGUAACCCAAAAAGGUGA